AUGGAAGUGAAGGUGACAGUGGACGGUAUCCCGCGCGUGGUUUGUGGUGUUACUGAGGAAACAACAUGCCAAGAUGUGGUCAUAGUGCUGGCUCAAGCCCUAGGUCAACCAGGGCGCUACACACUGCAGGAGAAAUUUAAAGACUUUGAGAGGUGCAUGGCACCCGGCGAAUGCCUUCUGGAGACUCUUGAGAAGUAUGGUGAGCAGGCCAGGGAGGUCCGACUCACACUGCUUCACAACGGACCCUCAGUCUGGGACGAAAUGAGCAGGACAAAAGUUGGCAGAUACCAGCCCUGCCCGCCACUGAGAAGAAAAGACGCAGGCACCAGAAUGCGGAGGGGCAGUGGUCCACUAAGUUUGCAUCGUCAAAGCUUGCCGCCGCUGUCCUGUUUUAGACAAGAGGCUGAGCAGCAAAAACCGGACCUGAAAAGGCCUAAAAGAAAGUCUCUUACACUCAUGGAGGAGGCCUGGGAAUGGCUGGAGAAUCUGGGUAAAGGCAAGGUCUACAGUACUGCAUGUCAUAAGGAAAGCAGUAAGAGGACAGAUAAAAGGUAUCUCACAUCUUUGGGUGUUUGUCUCACUGUUGACGAAGGUAAAUCAGGUCGAAGUAGCAGAGGCAAAGUCAGAGAUCAGAAAGGCUUAAAGUCAGACUUGGAUCAUCAAACAUCCUGCUGCAUGGGAAGUCACACAAAGGGUAAGGAAAGCAAAUGCUUAGAGAAAACUCAAGAGACAAAAUCUGAUGACCUGCACAAUUCAAACCGUGCUGCAACUGAGGAUGAGAAAAACCGUCUAAGAGAAACCAUAAUAUAUCAGCUCAGCUGUUUGCAGGAUUUACAGGCCCAGAUAGCAAACAUAGACCAACAGAUUUUGGAGCUUGAGGAAAAACAGAUGGCCAAAAAAGCUGAGCAGGAAGCCCAGCAGAGAAUGGUUGAAGAGGAGAUGGAGCAGAUCAAGUUCUGGGAGAAUGAAUUAAAGGCUGAGGAAGGUUACGAGAAGGAUUUGCAAUGCCAGUUCCUUGACAUGAAGGCAAAUGCUGCAGGGUGCAAGGCCAAACUGGAGGAGUACAAGCGCAAAAUGCAAGGGCUUGAUUUCUUUGCAACUCACAAUGUUGUUCAUGAGGAUUCAGAGAUAUUUUCAAAAGUUGGUGCAAAUGCUGCCACAGAGAUUUCAGCUGUUUCAACUGAGGACCGAUAUCGGCAACAAUCUGAACAUGAAGGGGAUGUAAAUAUUAACAGGAAGUUCCUGUCCGGAGGGGACUUGAAACCUCCUCAUGCUCUAGUUCCUCCCAACCAGAUAAAGGAGCGACGGCCCACAGGGCCCACAGAGCUGCGGGAGUGGUGGACACGCUGGGCUCAAGCCCAGAGCGCUCCAACACAGACUAAAAAGAAGGUGAUUCACCGCUCUGAGCUCACUAUAUAUCUGGGCAGUACAAAGGUUUAG